GAGAGGCAGUCCCCUGCUCAUCGGCGUGCGCAGCGAGCACAAACUCUCCACUGACCACAUCCCCAUCCUCUAUCGCACAGCUGUACAAUCUAUGGAUCAUUCUUUUGAUGGAAUAUCCAUAAAAACGGAGGAAGGGAAGGACAAGAAGGGAAGCUGCAACCUGUCCCGUGUUGACAGCACCACCUGCCUCUUCCCUGUGGAGGAGAAAGCUGUGGAGUACUACUUUGCUUCUGAUGCCAGUGCUGUGAUCGAGCAUACGAACCGAGUGAUCUUCCUGGAGGAUGAUGAUGUGGCAGCAGUGGUGGACGGACGUCUGUCCAUCCACCGCAUCAAGCGCACGGCCGGGGAUCACCCAGGGCGUGCUGUGCAGACCCUGCAGAUGGAGCUGCAGCAGAUCAUGAAGGGUAACUUCAGCUCGUUUAUGCAGAAAGAAAUAUUUGAACAGCCAGAAUCGGUCGUGAAUACGAUGAGGGGAAGGGUCAACUUUGAUGACUACACUGUAAACCUCGGUGGGCUGAAGGAUCACAUCAAGGAGAUCCAGAGGUGUCGCCGUUUGAUCCUCAUCGCCUGCGGCACCAGUUACCACGCUGGGGUGGCUACCCGUCAGGUGCUGGAAGAACUGACUGAAUUACCUGUCAUGGUGGAACUUGCCAGUGACUUCUUGGACAGAAACACUCCUGUUUUCAGAGAUGAUGUCUGCUUUUUCCUCAGCCAGUCAGGGGAGACAGCAGAUACCCUGAUGUGCCUUCGGUACUGUAAGGAGAGAGGAGCCCUCACUGUGGGCAUCACCAACACCGUGGGCAGCUCCAUCUCCCGUGAGACAGACUGUGGGGUGCACAUCAACGCGGGCCCCGAGAUCGGCGUCGCCAGCACCAAGGCCUACACCAGUCAGUUUGUGUCUCUGGUGAUGUUUGCUCUGAUGAUGUGUGAUGACAGGAUUUCCAUGCAGGAGAGACGUAAGGAGAUCAUGCGUGGGCUGAAGGGGCUGCCAGAUUUGAUUAAAGAAGUGCUGAGCAUGGAUGAUGAGAUCCAGAAGUUGGCCACAGAGCUGUACCACCAGAAGUCUGUGCUCAUCAUGGGCCGUGGCUACCACUAUGCCACGUGUCUGGAGGGAGCUCUGAAAAUUAAGGAGAUCACCUACAUGCACUCGGAGGGGAUCCUGGCUGGGGAGCUGAAGCAUGGCCCACUGGCCCUGGUGGACAAGCUGAUGCCUGUGAUCAUGAUCAUCAUGAGAGACCACACCUAUGCCAAGUGCCAGAACGCUCUGCAGCAGGUCAUCGCGCGGCAGGGACGACCUGUGGUGAUCUGUGACAAGGAGGACAUCGAGACCAUCAAGAACAACAAAAGAACCAUCAAGGUUCCCCACUCUGUGGACUGUCUGCAGGGGAUCCUGAGUGUCAUCCCUCUCCAGCUUUUGGCCUUCCACCUCGCCGUGCUGCGCGGCUACGACGUUGAUUUUCCAAGAAAUCUGGCCAAGUCCGUAACUGUAGAGUGAAAGAUCAUCUGACUCAUAGGGGCAAAAGGGGAACUAAAUGAAAAAAAAAAAAAAGACUUUUUUUUGGUACCAAAAUAACUUGAUUUUAAAGGCCCCUAGGUAAAUCUUAUUUUGGUAAAUCAUUGUUUGUGUAUAAGAUCACCAUAAUUCCAUUUCAGUAGUGAUUGUCCUAUUGAUUCCACACGCUAUGUCCAUAGCUUUGGGUUUUUUUUGAACUUCCACAAAAGAUGUUAACUGGUUUUCUUU